GGAUCAGGAAUAAUAAUGCAUUCCAGAACGAACGUAGAGAAAAUGUGGAAAUUAUUAAUUUGGAUACUCAACCAGCGGACAAUAUGACAAAUUACGACGAUAUAUUGCAAAGAUGCCGUACAGCUUUUGCCAAUGGAAAAACACGAGAUCUUAGCUUCAGAAAGAAGCAAUUGGAAAAUCUGUUGCGCAUGUACGAAGAACAUGAAAAUGACAUGAUCAAUGCCUUGGAUGCUGAUUUGAGACGUCCCAAACAGGAAAGUUUAGUUGUGGAAACGGAAUUUUUGAAAAAUGACAUCAAAAACAUUCUGUACAACAUUGAUGACUGGGUUAAGCCUGAAUUGCCACCCAAGUCAAUGGUAAAUCUUAUGGACGACGUACAAAUCUAUAAGGAUCCCUAUGGUGUCGUUUUGGUUAUUGGUGCCUGGAAUUAUCCUCUGCAAUUGUUGUUAGUGCCUGUCGCCUCUGCCAUCGCUGCCGGUAAUUGUGUUGUGAUCAAGCCCAGCGAAGUCGCUGUCCAUUGUGCUAAAUUCAUUGAAGAAACUCUGCCCAAGUAUUUGGAUAAUGAAUGCUAUCCCAUUAUCUGCGGUGGUGCCCAAGAAACAACUGAACUAUUAAAGCAAAGAUUUGAUUACAUUUUCUAUACCGGAUCCACACGAGUGGGGCAAAUCAUUCAUGCUGCCGCCAACAAAUAUUUGACACCCUGCACAUUGGAAUUGGGUGGCAAGAGUCCCUGCUACAUUGACAAAUCGGUUGAAUUGAAGACCGCUGUUAAACGUAUUCUCUGGGGCAAAUUGAUUAACUGUGGCCAAACAUGCAUUGCCCCCGAUUAUGUGCUAUGUUCCAAAGAAAUUGAAGUCGAAUUCAUUAAGGAAGCUAAAGAAAUCCUUAAGGAAUGGUAUGGCGAUAACAUUAAGGACAGUCCUGAUCUCAGUCGUAUUAUAAACAAAGCGAAUUUCGACCGCUUGCUUGGUCUAAUGAAACAUGGAAAAAUUGCCGUUGGCGGUAGUUACAAUGCCAAAGAACUAUUCAUUGAACCCACAAUCAUUGUAGAUGUUAAACCAGAAGAUCCUGUGAUGCAAUCCGAAAUUUUCGGUCCCAUCUUGCCCAUUGUCAAUGUUGAAAGUGCCUACGAUGCAAUCAAAUUCAUUAAUUCCAGAGAAAGUCCCCUGGCGAUGUAUGUCUUCACAACGGAACCAGAAAUACAAAAUUUAUUCAUACACAGUACACGAGCUGGAGGCAUGUUACUUAACGACACAAUCAUGCAUUAUGCCGUUGAUACAUUACCAUUUGGCGGCGUUGGUUUCAGUGGUAUGGGCAGUUAUCAUGGCAAAUACACUUUUGAUACUUUUGUUCACAAAAAGUCUUGCCUCGGCAAAGACUUGAAGCCUUUGGGAGAAAAAUUGGCAUCUGGACGCUAUCCUCCUUAUUCGGAACGCAAGGCCAGCAUAUUGAAUUUCUUGUUGCGAAAACGACGUCCCUUGCCCAAUUUGUAUCUGUCACACAUUUUGGUAUUUGGUCUUGGCGUUGGCUUGACAUUCCUCGUUAAUCACUAUAUGCAGGGCAAACUGUUGUCGCGCUAAGAAAUGCAUCAAAAA